AAAAAUACCAAAAUAUCGUUUUAGGGUGGAGUUUUCCUUUAAGUAUACACCACAGGAGUUUUUAUUUUUUAUUUUAUUUACCUUCUGUGUAGGCGAAGGUUAUAAUGUCUGUAUUGAAACACAACCACAACCGAUUCACCACAUAAAAACAUAAACACAUAAAUCAAGUAAUGUCUUAUAUGAUAAGCAGCAUACAAUAUAUGGAUAACUGUUCACAUUUUACAUAAUAUUUGCCCUAAUUAUUUACAAAGUAUACAGGAUGGGACACUUAUUCUGAAAGAUUCAACAAAUCCGUGACCCGGAAGUACUUCAUUCUUACUUGUGUCAUAGAAGUCUUUGUUUUGAUUUUGCGUUCAAGCUUGUGUGGAGUAAAGACUUACUGACUCUACUAAAUAGACUACUCAACUGUCAUUCGACUGAAAAUGUUUAAACUACAAUUGUUACAUGUGUUUUUAAAUGAGCGUUUAACGGCGGCUGCUGUGGAGAUUUUCGGUGCAGUUGAGAAAACGGUAGUAGAAUACCAGGAGGAGAAUGAUCGGCUACGGAGACUGCUGCGGAUCACACCAGAGCAUAUUACACCAGAGAUACAACUAUGUCGAACUGACUCCUUGCAGUUCUCUCUUUCUCUCUCUGAAGAGGAGGUUCCCCCUGAGCAGCAGCACUGUGAGCAGGAGUGGAGCCCCAGUCUGGGGCAGGAGGACCCAGAGCCCACACAGAUUAAAGAGGAACAGGAGGAAGUCAGGACCAGUCAGGAGGAAGAGCAGCUUCAAGGGCUCUUUGAUACCAAAGACUCCACAUUCACUCCUUCCUGUGUGAAAAGUGAAUGUGAUCAGGAGGACCCACUUCAGUCCUUGACUCUUCCCCAAACCCAGACUGUGGAGAACAGAGAGAGAGACUCUAGACCAGUGGAUCUCAAACCUUUUGGCACUGUAACCCACCUAAGGGGUCUGGACAUUCCCUGUGACCCUCCAGAUAAUCAAAACAAUGCCUCCAGCCACAGUUCAGCUGUAAGCAGCUACACAGUAGGACUUUACAGCAGCCCACCAUUGGAUCCCAGCCCACUGUUGAAUCUCAACCCACCAAUGGAAAAACAGUGUUUCAAACCCAGCACAUCUAGAAAAACUCACCACUGCCGUGACUGUGGUGAAACAUUUGCUCUGAAAGCUGACCUGCAGAGGCAUGUGACUCACACCAGGAAGAGACCCGGUGAAUGCCUCUUCUGCAGAAAACUCUAUAACUCCACCUGUAAACUGAAGGCCCAUGUCCGACUCUGUCACGGUGGGAAACCCUGCACCUGCCCCUUUUGUGGAAAGACCUUCAAACAAAAAGGACAUCUGUCCAGGCACAUGAGUAUUCACACAGGAGAGAAACCAUUUUGCUGUGGUGACUGUUGGAAAACCUUCAAUCGUAAGGAGCACCUUACCAGGCAUAUACGCAUUCACAGAGGAGAGAAACCUUUUAGCUGUGGUGACUGUGGGAAAAGCUUCAAUCGCAAGGAGCACCUAAGUGAACAUAGACAGACUCACACAGGAGAAAAACAACAUGGCUGCUCAGUCUGUGGUAAAAGAUUCACUCGGAAGACUCAUCUACUGAAGCAUAUGGACAAUAUCCACAAAGAGAGAAAAACAGACAGGAGAAAGAAAAUCUUCAGUCAGAAGAUGGGAAUAAAAAGACAGGAUGUGGACAACACUCAUAGGAAAGGAAAGCAACUCCAGACCAUUCAUACUGUGGGUCUCAGAUAAAUAGAUAUUUGAAUGUAAAUGAAGUUUGAUCAUUACCUCAUUAUUCAAAUCAAACAGUACAGAGUAUUGUAGGAAAUUCACAGGUCUGCUGUAAUAAUAAUAAUAAUAAUAAGUAAUAAUUGAUUACAUUUGUAAAGCGCUUUUAAUUAUACAGAAUAAUCUCAAAGUGCAUAAAAUGAAAACCCCCAAAAUAUAUAUUAAUGGAAACAAUUACACAGAUGACGCUACAAGGGACAUGGACAAGGAGGGAAAUUACCAUGAAUAGUCAGCAGGAGGGAUAUUACCAUGAAUACACUGGAAAGUCAGCAGGAGGGAUAUUACCAUGAAUAGUCAGCAGGAGGGUUUUUACCGUAAAUACCCUGGAAAGUCAGCAGGAGGGAUAUUACCAUGAAUACACUGGAAAGUCAGCAGGAGGGAUAUUACCAUGAAUAGUCAGCAGGAGGGUUUUUAAUUCAGUCUGGAAUAAGAUGGGGAGCCAAUACAGAGAUGCCAGGAUGGAGGUGAUGUGGUGGUGUUGAGACGGGGAGCCAGUACAGAGAUGCCAGGAUGGAGGUGAUGUGGUGGUGUUGAGAUGGGGAGCCAGUACAGAGAUGCCAGGAUGGAGGUGAUGGGGUGGUGUUGAGACGAGGAGCCAGUACAGAGAUGCCAGGAUGGAGGUGAUGUGGUGGUGUUGAGAUGGGGAGCCAGUACAGAGAUGCCAGGAUGGAGGUGAUGUGAUGGUGUUUCCGCACUCUCAUCAGGAUUCUGGCAGGGCUGUUCUGGAAGUACUGGAGCUUCUGGAGACUCCUGACAGGGAUCCUGGUGAAGACUGUGUUGUAGUCCUGGAGACUCCUGACAGGGAUCCUGGUGAAGACUGUGUUGUAGUCCUGGAGACUCCUGACAGGGAUCCUGGUGAAGACUGUGUUGUAGUCCUGGAGACUCCUGACAGGGAUCCUGGUGAAGACU